GAUGUCUGUGCUGUGAACAUUGUUCUUAUUUCUCGAUAGUUUUUGACGAAUAUUUCGUUUUCGUGUUUGUUUAUUAAACGUAACUUUAAUCCAGUGUUGAAGAUUCAAAUUCUUUUUUUUGGAAAGUGUCUGACCCGUUUAGUAUAAAUUGCUAAAUGAAAAAUCUAAUAAUCGUGAAAUGGCGGACGCGCUGCCUGUUUGUGAUGUAUUAUGUGAAGCGACGGAAUAUUUAUCCAAACUUGGUUCCAAUUUAAAGGUUCGCACUGAUAAUUUGAGAGAGAAGAAAAUAAGAAAAAACCUCUUAAAAAAUACACACGCUGUCCAAAAAGCCGCCAAUAAAGUGUUAUUGAUCUGUGAGUUAUCAAAGAAAUCUCUCGAAAAUGUGGAAACCGGUGUAAAGCACCUUUUAUCGCAAGUUGCUGCUUCACAAAGCGCCGGCACUCAAUCAUCUCGCCGUUUAAGUGACUCAAAAGGACCAUAUGAAUAUUUUGAGUAUGCUUCAGAACAACUCAAAAUUCGCAAAAAAAUUUCGCUAGCCCACUAUACGUCCGUUAAAGUUGUUGCUAAAGCUAUGACACCUUCCAUGUUGGAGAAGUACCCAGUUUAUAUUGAUUGUAAGUUACUACGACGAAAUAAAAAUAAAAUUCAAAAGACAAAAUCGUCUAAAGAUGUAAAAAACACUAAAAGUGAAAACAGUAGUAAAAGUGCGACUGCAAAUAUCUCUGAAAGUGAUGACAUAGGGAGCUUAUCUAUUAAACCUGGUAAUGUAUGUGAUGGUAAUGUUAUACCUGAAAGAGACUUGGAACAAAAUUGUGAAAGUCGAGUUGUUCAUGAUCUCAAGAGCAUUAAAGUCACUAAUGAAAAUUCAAAUAAUCAAUCAGACAAAUUGAAUAAGACUACUCCAAAAUCUGUUAACAAUAUUUCUGUUAAUGUUGACUUAAGCGCAGAUAUGUGUGAUGAAAAAGAACAUAGUGAUAUAGUUAAUAAAAGAACUGAUGUAGAAUCAGCUAAUGGGAACGAAGAAAGUAAUACUGCUAAGAAAAGAAAGUUUUCACAUAUAAAAACCUUUAGUGAUUCAGAAAGUGAAAAUGAGAAAGGGAAAGAAAAGCUUGAAGAAAACAACAAAAGUGUUAACACAAAUGGAGACACAGCAAAACUGUGUUUGGACAAUUCAUUAGAGGUAACUUGUAAUAAUAAUGAAUCCACAAAAGAGAAAAGUGCCAAUUUAGAUAAAGAUUCAGAUGGUGCGACAAAUGAAAAAGAGAAGAAAGAGACAUCAGCAGAAUCUGCAAAGAGUUCAAAAUUUUUUAUAAAAUGCAUUAACAUAAACAAGUUACUAGAAGUUCCAAAGGAAGAUGAAUGUGUUAUAAUAAAUGAUGAUGAUGAAGUUAGUGGUUCAAAACAUAUCCCAAAGAAAAAUAUAGAAAAAAUAAAACGGGAAAUUAAAAACAAACCUAAGAGAAAAUCUACAAACAACCAAGAUUUAGCUAAAGAAAGAUACAGGGAACAGAAAAGAAAGGAAGUUAAGUCAUUUAAACCUAAAGAAUUUUCUAUAAGUUUAGAGAAAUUACCAAAAUUUUCUGCAGAAUUUUUGAAAUCUUAUAAAAUAAACAAAAUAGUCAAAGGUAGGUCUGUUAUUUUUGCAAUAGAAAGUUGCUCAGAAAGGCCAAUAGAAGAAUGUAAUAGUGCAAAAUCUCUACUUCAAGAGUUUGACAAUAAUUCCCAGAAAAUCACCAAUAAUCAAAUAAAUUUAGAUAAAAAUCAAGUAAACUCUACAGAACCUUUUGACUCAGAUACCAAUGAGGAUAAUGUCAUUAACAGAGAUUUGCUACAAGUGACUGAACAUGUGAAAAAAGCCUUACUUGAUGAUAGCGAUUCAGAUACAAAUAAUGUUCUAGAGAAAAGUUUUAGUGCUCACAGAGAAUUAAUAAAAAAUGUAGAAAAUACAGCUACAAAGACUAAAAAGACAAAUGAAAGCCUUGAAAAACAACAGAAAAUAGUGGAAAAUGAAACAAAUAAUGAAAAUGCUCAAGCUCAAUGUGAUACAGAUAUAUUGAUAAAUUUUGAAACUUCUGAAUCACCAUCACAAGCAAAAUCAUUACUAUUAAACAAUUCUUCAGAUGAUGAUCCAACGAUUAUGAAAACAACAGAUUCUGUAGCCAAUCCAAAAUCACCAACUGACAAUGUCAUAAAAAAAUUACCUGCCUCCCAAAAUAAGUAUCACAAGGAUAAAAUAUCAUUGAGGUCCAGUGUGGAUUCGGAGAAAAUAAAAUCACCUCUGUCCCAAAGUUCCUCAAAUAGAAAAAACUGUAUAUCACCAAACCUAGAAGCUGACCAGGAAAUCAUUAAAUCAUCUUUAUUAAAUGAUUCCUCAAAUGAUUCAUUUGCCUCUCAAAAUAGAGAUAAAAAUGAUAAAGACGUAUCACCUAAACCCAAUGAUCCAGAGAGGAUAAAAUCAUUAUUACUUGAUGAUUCCUCAUGCAAUUCAAUAACCCCACAAAAAAGGGAGAGUAGUCAUGAAAAAACAUCAUCACAUCAUAGUAAUGAUCCUGAGAAAAUAAAAAUGUCAUUAUUAAAUGAUUCAUUAGAUAGUGACCAAUCAUCUCCAAAAAAAGAUAGUUGUAAUGAUACAUAUAAUGCAGAGCAAUUAAAAACAUCACUAUUAAAUGAUUCUGAUGCUUCAUCAAGUUCACAGAAAACAAAAAAAGACAAUGAAACAAGUCCAAAACCACUUGAUGAAGAACAGGAACUAAUAAAAUCAUCAUUGCUUAAUGAUUCAGAUUCUCCUUUGAAAUCUCAAGAAGGGAAACGCAAUGAAACAAUUUCACCACGAAAGUCAAAACGGAAGCGUAUCAUGGAUAAUAUGCGUGCUAAGAAAAUGUUGCUUACAUAUUCUUCUAGUUCAGAUACGGAGGAUGAGCAAUUGAAAAAUGCUUUAAAAGAAAUAAAAGACUUCCUACUUGAAGAGACGUCUGACAAGAACAACAAACAUAGAACGGGACAUUAUUCGGAAUCAAGUUCUGAUAAAGAUUUGAAUCUAUUAUCAAGAAGAGAAACGAACAAGUCUAGAAAAAAGAAACAUUCAAAGGAGGAUACAAAAUCAGGAAAGAAAAGAAAAGUAAAACAAGGCAUGAGUGAUGCAGAAAACUCGAAAUCCUCUAUCCGCAAGAUGGGCGGGACUAGAACUAAACUGGGCAGUAGCAGCAGUCAGAGUUCAGACACUCAAGAUAUAAAUGACAAAGUCAUUGAUGGUAUCGCCACCGAGAACCUCCUCAAGGCGGAGACUAGCUCGGACGCAGCGUCAGUCGCUGACAGCGAGGAGGCGCUGGAAGAGGAGGUCGAAGAAUUACCAACAGUAUCAAUGUCUGCUCUCAAUGGAGAUGGAGUGCAUCUCGCUAAAGAAGAUUUAUUAGAAGACAGUGAUUCUUCUAGCUCGCAUAAUAAAUCACAAGAGGACGAAAAGAAUUUAGAAGCAAAUGAUGAUCAAGACGAAGAUGAAAAUGACUCGGAGGCGGGGUCGUCGCGGCGCCGCGAGCGGGACCGCGCGCACGACAAGCUGAGCGACUUCGAGGAUUCUGAUGAUGAUGCCUCAGAGCCACAGGGCAAGAAGAAACGGAAGAAGAAACCGGCUGAUAGUGAUGAUAAUUCUUCCGUAGAAAGCGGGAAGAAGAAACGACGUCGCAUUAAAAAUAUAGACGAUACAGACGAUUCAGAUUCGGACACUGAAAAUGAGGGUAGAAAUAAACACGGCAGAAAGAAUAUACGUAAGGUAAUGGGUAAAAAUCAAUUAGAGGAGGCAACAAAAAAGGCGGCUCGCGAAGAGAAAGAGAGAAUCGCUCGAAUAGCUGAACGACAAAAGCUGUAUAAUAAUAUGGAAUUUGAUGAGUCUGGUAAACCUGAUGAAGUAAAACUAGAGAAGGUGGUGCUGGACUUCGAUCCCGAAACUAAGGAGCCACUUAUUGAAGUCGACAGGGGACUUGUUAAGAAGUUAAAACCACAUCAGGCUAAUGGUAUCAAAUUCAUGUGGGAUGCUUGUUUUGAAAGCGUAAAACGUAUAAAAAAGAAUAAAGGCUCCGGAUGUAUUUUAGCUCAUUGUAUGGGUCUCGGGAAGACGUUACAGGUGGUAUCCCUAACACACACUCUGCUGACCCACAACGACCUAACAGGCGUGAACCGCGUGUUGGUGGUGUGUCCCCUAUCUACAGUACUGAACUGGGUCAAUGAGUUCCGAAUGUGGCUGAAACACGCUAAUAGAGAAAGCGAAGUCGAUGUUUAUGAAUUAUCUAGGCACAAGCAGAACUCUGAGCGCGCGUACCAGCUGCAGCAGUGGUACGAGAGCGGCGGCGUCUGCGUGCUCGGCUACGAGAUGUUCCGCAACCUCUCCGCAGACAACUCCAAGAAGUUCAAGAAGAAGAUGCUCAAGACCUUCCAGGAGAGCCUCGUUGACCCUGGUCCCGACCUGGUGGUGUGCGACGAGGGCCACCUGCUGAAGAACGAGAAGACGAGCCUGUCGCAGUCCAUCAACAGAGUGAGGACGCUGCGCCGCAUCGUGCUCACCGAUUACUGCAUGGUGCAGUUCGUGAAGCCGAACCUGCUGGGAAAGUACAACGAGUACUUGAACCGCUUCGUGAACCCGAUCACCAACGGACAGUACACCGACUCGACGGAGCACGACAUCCGCAUUAUGAAGCGACGUUCACACGUUCUACAUAAGAUGCUUGAUGGCGCUGUACAGAGGCGGGACUACGGUGUGCUGGCGCCGUUUCUGCCGCCGAAGCACGAGUAUGUGUUGUUCAUCACGCUGUCCGAAGUGCAGAUCAAAUUGUACCAGCACUACCUCGAUAACUACUCCAGAAGACCUCUACCGGGGAAGUCUUCAGGAUUCCUCUUCCCUGACUUCCAAUCGCUGCAAAGGAUAUGGACUCAUCCUUUAGUAUUGAAAUAUAACUCUGAAAGAUAUGAAAUUAUGCAACAGAAAAAGAGGGAGCGGGAGGAAGAGGAAGACUCAGAGGGAUCUCUCGCUGACUUCAUUGAUGAUGAAUCUACGCCUGAAGAAAGUUCAACGGCAGAAUCUUCAGAGGAAUAUUCAGAUGCGAGUGACGACAGCCAUAAGAAGAAUAAAAAGAAGAAAGCCGCUAAGAAAGGGAAAAAUAAAGUGACCACGCGACGCGGCACCAGAGCUAAUCCAACGGAACAUCUAGAAGAAGAAGAGAAGUCAGUGGAGCUGGUGGAGGAGAAGAACGAGAACCCGACGGAGUGGUGGGUGAAGCUGGUGGUAGACGAGGAGCUGGAGGACAUGCGCAACUCGCACAAGCUGGUGCUGCUCUUUGAUAUACUGCGUCAGUGCGAGGCCAUCGGGGAUAAGCUGUUGGUAUUCUCACAAUCUCUAUAUUCGUUGGACUUGAUCGAGCAUUUCCUAGCAAAAGUUGACGAGGCGACACAAGAGGGUCGUAUAGAUGAAAAACUUGGCGGCCAUGUAGGUUCCUGGUCACCAGGCGUAGAUUAUUUUAGACUGGAUGGGUCUAUAUCCUGCGAGAAUAGAUCUAUAUGGUGCAAGAACUUUAACAGGGAAGACAACCCUAGAGCUAGAUUGUUCCUGAUCUCGACGCGCGCGGGCGGGCUGGGCAUCAACCUGGUGGCGGCGAACCGCGUCGUCAUCUUCGACGUGUCGUGGAACCCCUCGCACGACGUGCAGAGCAUCUUCCGCGUCUACCGCUUCGGACAGAAGAAGCCCUGCUACGUCUACAGGUUCCUGGCCAUGGGUACGAUGGAGGAGAAGAUCUACGAGCGUCAGGUGACGAAGCAGGCGAUAUCGAAGCGCGUGAUCGACGAGCAGCAGAUCGACCGGCACUACGCGGAGAACGACCUCGCGGAGCUGUACAAGUUCCUGCCGCGUCCGCCCGCGCCGCGCCCGCUGCCGCCGCUGCCCCGCGAUCGACUGUUCGCGGAGCUGCUGCGCGAGCACGACGCACAGAUAUACAAGUACCACGAGCACGACUCUUUGCUGGAGAACAAGGAGGAGGAGACGCUGAGCGAGGAGGAGCGCAAGGCGGCCUGGGAGGACUUCGAGAACGAGAAGAACCGCCCGCCGCCCGCGCCCUUCCCCGCGCCCUGGCCCAUGCACAACGGAAUGAUGCCUGGCUUACUGGCGCAGCAGCAGCUGGCAUACGCGGCGCUGGACGCCAUGCUACGCAAGGACAACGUCAGCGAGAGCCGGAUACAGGAGUUAAAUUCACUGAUGUGCGCAAACCCCGGCUUGAUGCAGAAAAUGAGUGAACUAUACAAGUACGCUCCCCCCGGUAUGAUGAAUCCAGGAAUGAUGAACCCAGUUAUGAAUCCAGGCGGAGCGGGCGCGGGCGCGGGGGCGGGCGCGGGCGCGCUGGGCGGCUCCAGCGGGCUGCAGUACGAGCCGCCGUGGCUGCGGCAGCAGAAGCAGCAGCAGAUGCGGCUGCAGCAGAUGGUGCAGCAGCAGGGCGUCAGUAGUCAACAUAUUACACAUUGACCUCUUAACCUUUAA